AUGGGUAUGGAGGAUGCCCUCGAGCUUUUCGUCACCUACCUGCAGCCGCUCCUGCCAGACUGGCUGGUGCGUUUUCUGGUGCGCAUCGUCCUUGGCCAUGCCUUGAGGCAGCUUUGGAAGCUGCGUUGGCCGCAGAAAGAGCUUCGCCUUGUCUCGAGGGUGAAGCAGCUGGCCUCUGAGGAGAUCGCCUUCGAUACGGCCGCGGCAAAUGAACAGCAUUACGAAGUGCCCACUCCCUUUUUCCUCAACUCUCUCGGCCCACGCCUCAAGUAUUCAAGCUGCGAGUGGCCUGGGCCGGAUGCAACGCUGGCAGAAGCCGAGACUCACACGCUUGCCAAGUAUGCCGAGUUGCUGGGCGUGGCUGACGGUCAGCGUGUGCUCGACAUCGGCUGUGGCUGGGGAAGUUUCAGCCUCUAUGCGGCGGAGCGGUUUCCGAAGACGACCUUCGUAUGCUUCUCCAACUCUAGCACACAGAUCGCCCACAUCAGCGGGGAGGCCAGUCGCCGCGGCCUGGUGAAUCUCACAGCGCUCAAAAUGGACAUUAAUGCUCUGUCAGCAACAGCUUUGGAGGAGCGGGGUGGGCUCCCUCUCUACGACCGCAUCUUCGCCUGUGAGAGCCUUGAGCACUCUCGCAACUACCAGGCGCUGUUUGCCCGCAUUGCAAAGGUCCUCGCGCCCGAUGGCCGCUUUUUUGUGCAAAUCCUGGGCCACCGGGAGUACUCCUACCUGAUGAACGCCAAAUCCUGGAUGGGCCGGCGAUUCUUUACCGGGGGCACGAUCCCUUCGAUGACGUUCUUUCAUCACUUCACCGACGACCUCUGUGUGGAACGCACUGAAGUAGACUCUUACUCUGUAACAGGGACAGAAUACUCCCGUACCCUCGAUGCAUGGCUGCAGCUGAUGUACGCCAAACGCGAGGAGUGUGAGAAAAUCCUUGCUGAUGGGCAAUCGCUAGCACUCGGGCGAUCGCGGUUUCAGGACUGCGUGCAUUAA